UAUAGUUCUAUAUCUAUGAGAUAUAGUUCUAUAUCUAUGAGAUAUAGUUCUAUAUCUAUGAGAUAUAGUUCUGUAUCUAUGAGAUAUAGUUCUAUAUCUAUGAGAUAUAGUUCUAUAUCUAUGGUUAUACCAUGCGCGAAUGUCCUGUGGCUACGAUGAGCGUUCGCGCAGCACCUUGCUGACAGUUUUGAGAGCAAAAUGUGGUGUCUAGGUAGAUUAUUAGAAGUGGAUAAAGGCGUGAAAACUAUCCUCGUUGACCUAGUGUUUUAAUUUUUCCAGCCGCGGCAGUGCAGCUUUCUCGAAAGAUCUUUAAAACUAAACGUGUCAAGAGCCCACAUUCGGCAACUGUUAGAUUAGAUUAAGUACCGAUGGCAUUCUACGUUUGUAAACAUGUACAAAAGUACUGAUUCGCGUUCCCAAGCGAUGCAUUGCGCCCUCUUGCGACGUUUUCAAUUAAUACCGGUACCGGAAACCGGUUUGUAGCGCUCGAUGUACCGAGUCAUAUGCCCAGAUAGCAAAACAAACUCCAAAGUUCACUUGCUUCUUUUCCGUCGCUGGAUUGCAAACCGCGCUUGUAGAAAAUACGACAUGUUAACCAAUGACCCAAUAGAAAACAGAAUGGGAACGGCCGCAUGUAAAUGACAAUUGCAUUUGAGCGUUAAUUACUGGAAAAGUGUUGUGGAAUAGUGUCAGUGGAAAUAUUCCCGUAAACAGGACGGUGCCAUCAACGCUUUGUCCGAAUUUCGUGAGAGAUGCCCCCUGUCUACGAUCGUGGUUGGGCCUGGGUCGUGCUGGUGGGCGCCCACAUCGGUGUAAUGCUAACCAACGGUUAUAUGACAACGCUGGGUGUGUUCUACAACGAUUGGAAAGAUUACUUCGAUGCUAGUGCUACUGCCACCAGUUGGUUGCUCAGUUUGCCCUGGUUGGUUGCAUGCCCGAUCAGUUUCUUCGUUGGUAUCCUUGCUUCGCGGGUCGGCGUACGAUGGGUGUCAAUGGCUGGAGCAGUAGUCAUGGCACUGGCAACCAUAUCUGGUUCAUUUACAACAGACAUCAGGCAACUGUAUGUUUGCAAUGCCGUGGCUGGUAUUGGUGCAGUGACAGUGGUUUCUCCGGGCGCAAUUAUUAUCGCUCAGUACUUCAAAAAACGCUACGUCUUUGCCAAUGGCAUCGCCACCCUCGGUUUAAACAUCGCCCAAGUCAUCUUCCCGCCGCUAAUUCGCCUGCUGGUCUCCGCGUACGGCUGGAGGGGCGCCAUGUUCAUUAUUGGAGUUUUACAACUGAACGGGGUGGCUGCUUGCGCCCUCUUCCGGCCGCUCAAGACCAACCAGGACCGACUUCCAUCCCGAUCCCGCUCAAGUCUGGAGUCUGAAGAGCUGCAUGACGUCACCACGGAAAGUGAAGAGCAAGGAAGAUGUUCAAACCAUACCUUGAAAGAGCAAGGAGAGACAAUACGGAAGAUGAAGAUGUUUCUGAGUAUUUUUACCAACCUGCAAGCGAUGAUGAUCGUGAUAGCCGGUUGUCUCCAAUCCACAGGUUUGGUCAUGAAUCUUACACAUCUCCCAGCCCGAGCCAAGGAAGCUGGCUGGUCCAACACCCAAGGAGCCAUGCUGAUCUUAGCGUUUGGUAUCCCCGCGGCAAUCACUCGAUCAGCGCACGGCUGGUUCGUCGGCAAAGCCUACAUCGAUGCCUUCAACCUUCAACUCUUUGUCCUACUUGGCACCUCCCUGACCACUUUUCUGAACCCCGUAUCAGACAGUUUUAUCUUCUUGGUGUGCUACGCUGUUGUUUUGGGCGGAUUUCUUGGUGUCGGGGUACCACUUUUAAUAGCAAACAUAAAGACGGUGGUCAGUGGCCCUCAAGUACCUGCGGCUCUGAGCUUGAUGUGGGCUACGUUUUAUUUCGGUGGAAUUGGUUCAAUUCUGGCAGGCCAAAUCUUCGAUGCCACAGGAAACUACGUGGCGCCAUUUUUGACGGAUGGUUCCUUGUUUCUGGCGUCUUUCCUGUUGUUUGCCGUGGUCACAGUUUUGAAGAGAAGACAGGGCACCAGACAUAAUAAACUGUAGCCAACAAAGACUGUCCUGCACGGGUAUAAAUAUAAUGAUAUCAGGCGAUUCCGCACUUCAAAGAAUUUUUUAAAAUGUAAAAUUUUCGGAUAUUGUCCAAUCACAUCGCUAUUUUUGUUUAUACAGAAAACUUCAAUUCAUUACCUUGCCUCGGCGCGGUCCGCGCCAGCGUCGGCUCCUAGGCUCCGUUUCAGAAAGUUACUUUGUUAACUUUUGGACUGAAGUUAAUACAGUAAAAUGUUUGCCAAGAAAAAUCACUUGGUAAUUGAGCAUCGUUUUUUGUCUUUGAGUGUCUGAGGGA